AUCGAUAGGAGCUAGGAAAUAAUCCAAGCGCCACCGUCGUAGGCGUUAUGAAAUACGAAAUAAAUGAUCCCACAGCUGGCGGUGACGCGAGACUUGUUAGCGUUUUUUCCUUUUUUCUACUGGAAGUGGCCGAAAAUAAAGAUACCACUGUAAAACUAAAAAAACAAUCAUUUUUGGGGGUACUUCCGAUGGAGAGAAAAUUCGAGAAAAUUGUUAACCUUCGUUCCUUACGCUGGCUCUAAUCGUAGCACUAGAAUUUUGUUUCUUUUUCCUGCAAUAUUGAAUUAUAUACUUGUUUCACUCUAAGAGCUGAAAGUGCAAUCCAGUUCAGUGAGAAAGAACAGACCUCACGUGAUUAAAUGAGACUAUCAAUGUCUAUAUAUAGUCUAUAUAUAAUGCUUAAGAUAACGGUAUUAUUUACCGUUCAGAAUCACUUAAUAACCAGUCCACUUAAUAACCAGUUAAUUUCCUUUUAAUUUCCUAACAUUAAUUUCCAAGAUGGAAAAGACACCUUUGGAUUCAGGCAAAUUGGAUAUUUCAAAAAAGAUACUAUAUCAACCUCCUGUUACAGAAUUAAUAAGUGUUCUGACAGAUGGAUUAACUGCAAACUUUGAAAAAGUUAUUGUUAAGCUUGGUAGGUGUCCACGGGAUCCUGAAAGGCAGCCUAAUCAAUAUGAUUUAUGUGGUGAUCCAACUAUUUUGGAGAUUGGAGGCCCAGCAUACCUCCUACCUCUUGCCCAGAAGGAUAAAUUCUACAAUAUUGAAACGUUAUUGCGCCGCAUAGAUUAUCAUGGGAGUGCAUUUGUCAUAGGUGCAGGAGCUGGAUUAUGGCCACAUACAACUGAUGGCAGUAAUUGUGAACUUAUUAUACAUCAUCAUAUAAAUACACAGAUAGGUUCAGUAGUAAAUAAUUCUCGUUAUGCAUUUGUGGAUAAGUGUACUGGAGAAUGUGUGGUUGCUCAACAUCUAAGUCACAAUGAACAACACCAAGCAACCUGUCCAAUAUUGGCUAAUUUAUAUGUAUGUAAAGGAGAACCAGGAAUGGUUAUAAAGGUAUAUGCUAAGAAGCGCACUGGAAAGUUGGAUUUUAUAGCGAGUAUGCAAAAGGCAUUGGGAAAUUAUUAUAAGGAUGAACUUGUUGGUUUGGGUGGUAUGUUUACCAUGAGGAAUGGGAAGAUCAAGCAACAUGUUAUGCCGGAUUAUUCAAAUACUCCAUUGACUACUGAGGCUCAACUUAAUGAUUGGUUACAUUUUUAUGAAAUGAAAACCCCUUUAACAGCUGUUGGUACAUUUGUCAGUGCAGAAACAGAAUUGGAUCUCAGGGUUCAACAUUUCCACAGCUUUGCUCAUAACAAUAAAAUGGCAGGACAUUAUCAUAUUGAUACUACACCAGACACUAUCGAAUAUGAAGGUUAUUUUAAUAUAGCAAGUGUACUUUAUCGUGUCGAUCAGCCUACCAAUAAAUUGCAGUUUGGCAAAGAUUGAUUCUGUAUAAAAUAUAUAUUUCAAGGUAUUGUAAUGAGUUAGAUUUUAUCAAUCAGUUUUACUUGCAAAACAACGGGGACCACUAUUAGCAACAUGAAUGCAGAAUAUUAUUUUUUUUAAUAUAGAAAUAUUCAGAGAGAACUAUCU